AUGUUCCCUCACCAGGGUGGCCAAGGCCAGCUUCCCACCCACUGGCAGCCGCCUACAUCGCAGCAGCCUGCGAAUGGCUCUUAUGCGCCCCCUCCCCAUAUGAGCACCACGCUCCCUCCUCCACCGCCCCAAGAGCCACGACCCGACAUGGCUCAACAUCCUCAGUACCAGCACCCGCACCCGCAGCCCUAUCGUCUACCAGGUCCCAAUGAGUGGACGCGUGCUCCUCCUCCACCAGAUCCAUAUCGCCAGCAGCCUCCACCACCGCAAUACGUCCAGCAGCACCACCAGCCGCCAGCUCCUCGCCAGCGCACUGCCAUUGCCUGCCGGUACUGCAGACGUCGCAAGAUUCGAUGCUCGGGCUUCGAGGCGACAGAGGACGGUCGCUGCUCCAACUGCAUGAGGUUCAACCAAGACUGCAUCUUCACACCCGUUUCCGCACAGACUCAGGCUUUUGUUCCUGCCCACACCGUCUGGCGAGGUGUUGGCCAGCCUCCACCCAUGUAUGGUGCCUAUGGCCAGCCUCUUCCUCCUGCUAGCCAUGGUGAGCCCUAUGGCCAGCCGGCGCGUCCGCAGCAGUAUCUGCCCAGCCCAACUGCAGGUCCGUACCAAGCUCAUUCUGAAUAUGGUCCGCCAGGUGCUUCACCAGAUGAGGCAAGCCGUGACGCCAUGGCUGGCAGGAAGAGGCUUCACCCAGAGCCUCACACUCCAACCUUGCCUCCGCCACAUCCUGGCUCAGCGUCACAGGCUCCUCAUCGAGGCACGGGACCAGAGUAUGCCUACCCAGAGCCACCAUCUCUAACAUCGGCUGCCCCAACAGCAAACCCACCAACCGCAUAUUCUUCUGGUCCUCCACCCGCUCAACCCUACUACGCCGCACAACCGCCGCGCCAGGGCUCCCCGCAGAGCGCUUAUCGCUAUGAGCCAAGUCGCAAUUCGUCCUCGCCACACUCGCAAGCACCCACGACGCCCGGUGCUCCGCCCACACCCUACUACGGCGCUCCUCCUCAAACGAACGGUGUUCUACAGCCUCCGCCGCCCCGCAGCGAUGGCCGCACGCCACCACCGCCCACAUCGCAAGCUUCGGCAAGGCCGAGUAUGCGUAUUAACGACCUAGUAACCGACAAUGGCCCGGCUCGCAGCUCGACCGACUCGUCCAUGCUCAACAUGCUCAAUCGCCGACCCAUGUAA